AUGCAAUCUCAAGAUUCUUGUUACGGUGUUGCAUUCAGAUCUAUCAUCACCAAUGAUGAAGCUCUUUUCAAGAAAACCAUUCACUUCUACCACACUUUGGGUUUUGCCACUGUCAAAGAUUUUAACAAAUUCAAACAUGGUGAAAAUAGCCUCUUAUCUUCAGGAACAUCUCAAGAUUCCUUAAGAGAAGUUUGGUUAGAAUCUUUCAAGUUAAGUGAAGUGGAUGCUUCUGGUUUCCGUAUACCACAACAAGAAGCCUCUAACAAGUCUCAAAGUCAAGGUGCUUUGUUGAAGAUACGUUUAGUGAUGGCUGCCCCAAUUGAUGAAACUUUCGACACCAAUGAAACUGCCACAAUCACUUAUUUCUCUACUGACUUGAACAAAAUUGUCGAGCAAUUCCCAAAACAAGCUGAAAAACUGUCUGACACUUUAGUAUUUUUGAAAGAUCCAAUGGGUAACAAUAUCACUUUCUCAGGCUUGGCUAACGCUACAGAUUCAGCCCCAACUUCUAAGGACGCUUUCUUGGAAGCCACUUCUGAAGACGAAAUUAUUUCUAAAGCCUCUUCUGAAGCUUCCGAUCUAUUGAGACAAACAUUGGGCUCUUCCCAAAAGAAGAAGAAGAUCGCUGUCAUGACUUCUGGUGGUGAUUCUCCAGGUAUGAACGCUGCCGUCCGUGCUGUUGUUCGUACAGGUAUUCAUUUCGGUUGCGAUGUCUUCGCCGUCUAUGAAGGUUACGAAGGUUUACUAAGAGGUGGUAAAUACUUGAAGAAAAUGGCCUGGGAGGACGUUAGAGGUUGGUUAAGUGAAGGUGGUACCCUAAUUGGUACUGCUCGUUCCAUGGAAUUCAAAAAACGUGAAGGUCGUAGACAAGCAGCAGGCAAUUUGAUUUCCCAAGGUAUCGAUGCUUUGAUUGUUUGCGGUGGUGAUGGUUCUUUAACCGGUGCUGAUCUAUUUAGACAUGAAUGGCCAUCUUUGGUCGAAGAAUUGGUUGCUGAAGGUAGAUUCACUAAAGAAGAAGUUGCACCAUACAAGAACUUAUCCAUUGUUGGUCUUGUUGGUUCUAUUGAUAACGAUAUGUCUGGUACUGACUCUACCAUUGGUGCUUAUUCCGCUUUAGAAAGAAUCUGUGAAAUGGUCGACUACAUCGAUGCUACAGCUAAGUCUCACUCUCGUGCUUUCGUUGUUGAAGUUAUGGGUAGACAUUGUGGUUGGUUGGCCUUAAUGGCUGGUAUUGCCACUGGUGCCGAUUACAUUUUCAUUCCUGAAAGAGCUGUUCCUCAUGGUAAAUGGCAAGAAGAAUUACAAGAAGUUUGCCAAAGACAUAGAAGUAAGGGUAGAAGAAACAACACAAUUAUUGUCGCUGAAGGUGCCUUGGAUGAUCAAUUGAACCCUGUUACUGCCAACGAUGUUAAGGAUGCUUUGGUUGAUUUAGGACUCGACACUAAAGUCACCAUUCUAGGUCACGUCCAAAGAGGUGGUACUGCUGUUGCUCAUGACAGAUGGUUGGCUACUUUGCAAGGUGUUGACGCUGUUAAGGCUGUCUUAGAUUUCACCCCUGAAACUCCUUCUCCAUUGAUCGGUAUUUUGGAAAACAAGAUUAUCAGAAUGCCAUUGGUUGAAUCUGUUAAACUAACUAAAUCCGUCGCCACUGCUAUCGAAAGCAAAGAUUUUGAUAAAGCAAUUUCUUUAAGAGAUACAGAAUUCAUUGAACUAUACGAAAACUUUUUGUCUACCACCGUCAAGGAUGAUGGUUCUGAAUUGUUACCUGUUUCUGACAGACUAAACAUUGGUGUUGUUCACGUUGGUGCUCCAUCUGCCGCUUUGAAUGCUGCCACUCGUGCUGCCACUCUAUACUGUUUGUCUCACGGUCACAAACCAUACGCUAUCAUGAACGGUUUCAGUGGGUUGAUUCAAACUGGUGAAGUAAAGGAGUUAUCAUGGAUUGAUGUCGAAAACUGGCACAACYUGGGUGGUUCCGAGAUUGGUACCAACAGAUCUGUUGCCUCAGAAGAUUUAGGUACCAUUGCUUACUACUUCCAAAAGAACAAGCUAGAUGGUUUAAUCAUCCUUGGUGGUUUCGAAGGUUUCAAAUCUUUGAAGCAAUUACGUGAUGGUAGACUCCAACACCCAAUCUUCAACAUCCCAAUGUGCUUGAUUCCAGCCACUGUUUCCAACAAUGUUCCAGGUACUGAAUACUCACUAGGUGUUGAUACCUGCUUGAACGCAUUAGUCAACUACACUGAUGACAUUAAGCAAAGUGCUUCUGCUACAAGAAGAAGAGUUUUUGUUUGCGAAGUUCAAGGUGGUCAUUCUGGUUACAUUGCUUCUUUCACUGGUUUAAUUACCGGUGCCGUCUCUGUGUACACUCCAGAAAAGAAGAUCGACUUAGCCUCUAUCAGAGAAGACAUAACUUUACUAAAAGAAAACUUCCGUCACGAUAAAGGUGAAAACAGAAACGGUAAGCUAUUGGUUAGAAACGAGCAAGCUUCAAGCGUAUAUAGUACAGAGUUACUUGCUGACAUUAUUUCUGAAUCAAGCAAGGGUAAGUUUGGUGUUAGAACUGCCAUCCCAGGUCAUGUUCAACAAGGUGGUGUUCCAUCUUCUAAGGAUCGUGUUACUGCUUCUAGAUUCGCUGUUAAAUGUAUUAAAUUCAUCGAACAAUGGAACAAGAAGAACGAAGCCUCUCCAAACACUGAUGCUAAGGUUUUGAGAUUCAAAUUCGAUACCCAUGGUGAAAAGGUGCCAACAGUUGAACACGAAGAUGACUCUGCCGCUGUUAUCUGCGUUAAUGGUUCUCACGUCUCCUUCAAGCCAAUUGCUAACCUAUGGGAAAACGAAACCAAUGUUGAAUUAAGAAAGGGUCAUGAGGUUCAUUGGGCCGAAUAUAAUAAGAUUGGUGACAUAUUAUCUGGUAGAUUAAUGUUGAGAGCUGAAGUGGCCGCUUCAACCGCUGAAAACAAAUGA